UUACUCUCAUCGCUUCGUUUCGAUAUGCUGCUGAUUUAAUACGACGGAUUGUUAAAGUACGAGAUUUAAACAAAAAUAAAAUUAACUAAAUAUUAUUAAUAUUCAAUAACAAUAUUUAUACUAUAAAAGUGUUAAAGAAAUGAAAUACAAAAAAUAUUGAGCGAGUAGAUCUAAACAAAAAACAGCAACGACGGACAAUUAAAAAAAACGCGGCGGAGUGAAAUUUAAAGUUUGUAAUUUGAGAGCUUCAUAUUUUUGCAAAUUUAUUUUUGAAACUAGCUGUAAAACUACACGGACAACUAUACUACUCAUUUUACAAAACAAUUUUAACAAAUCAUAAAUGGGAUAUUCAAUACAGAACUCUGAAACGGGUGAGGUAAUCUAUAUACAGACAGAUGCCGACAACGUUACUGAACCCAGUUAUGAUGCCGAAACGGGUGAACCCAUUAUGGGUAAAGUUAAGGUGCGCUAUAUGAAACAAAAACAUUUUCAAAUUCCAAAAAAACUAUUGCGCGGUUCGGCAUGCGAAGAAUUCGAAAAGGAGAUUUUGGGUAAAAAUGAGGAAAUCUAUCAGGAGCCAUUUGGCAGAAUAAGCAAAGAAUCGGAUGUGUUAAAUGGCAAAGCGCAGCUGGCAACAAAACCUAGAAAAUUUUACGAAAGAGAUGACUAUAUAAACAUGGAGGGAGUAUCAAAUGACAUAAUUUUGGGUUAUAAUAAAUCCAAUUAUCGCAUAUUGUUAUUGCCCACCUUUUUCUUUUUCAACAUUUAUGCCGCCAUGAUAAUAAUGAUCUUGGAAACGUUCUUUCAUUUUUGGGCCCAUCUCAAGAAUGGCUUAAACAUGGACAAGAAUUUCUACUAUCGCAGUCCUUUGCACGUGGUAACCUCUCAAUUUUGUGCUAAAUGUCGUUCGGAAUCGGAGGUGGAUGCCAGCAUUUUUCGUGCUUUAAAUAAACAAAUGAGAGCUGCUCGACAGUCCAAGACACUGAAAGAUGUUUCCAAGGCAAUUGGUUGAUACCUAAGCUGACGGGGUGUUUCUGUAGAUGAGCAAUUUUUUUAUAAAUAAUAUUAUUUGUAAAAUAUUGAAUUAAACCGGUUUUAAUUUAAUUAUUUUAGAGAAAUGCACGGUAAAAUGUUGUAAUUUUCUUUGCUUUGUUUAAUAAGAAAAUAUUUGCUUAAUAAAUAACUUUUCUUUGUAAGCAAUUGUAAAUAACAUCCGUUUAAAAUUUUUAUUAUAUUCUAAUAUUGGAACUUUUGCUAGUUAUCUAAAUAAAUGUGUUUUGUAUUAUCAAAAAACUCCCGCUAAUAAAUUACAAAUAUGUAGUUCUAAUAAAAAUCUAGAAAAAUA